AUGCGGCAUUAUUUUUCGACAUUUAUAACAAUAUUAGUACUGUUUAUGAUCAACGAUAUUCAAGGAACAUACUGGAUAAAUUAUGAUGUACCAUACUCAAAUAUCGAUAUAGUAUUCGAUGAUAAUCCUGGUCAGUAUUUAGAUGCAUUUAUACGCGAUGGAGAACAAGAAAUACCUAGUCCAUUUAUAACUGAUUAUAAAUAUAUAUCUGGUGGAAUAGGUGAAGAUCGACAAUAUUUGGGUCCAAAUGGUGAAAUUUUAAAUCAUCCAGAAGUAAAAACAGAUGAAAAAUUACCAUCUUAUUGUGAUCCACCUAAUCCUUGUCCAUUAGGUUUUGAAGCUAAUGAUUGUGAUGCAUCACCAAUGGCAAUGUUUACACCUGAAUACAGUCGAUUAUAUCAGUCUGAACAAAAUUGUCAAUGUGACAAUGAUCAUGAUCAAUGUUCAGCUAAUAUUAUUUUAAACUUUUCUAAAUUAUCAAACAGACCAACACAUCGUAUUUUAAAACGACCACGACGUAUUUGGCAAGUAUGUUCAUUAAUUUUUUAA